ACUUUUUGUGGACGUCGUCUUUUCCUCCGACGCCUUCUUCCAUUCAUCUGCCGUCAUGAUCUCCAAAUGUUCUGUGAUGGGUCUUCUUCUGUUAUUGUUCGUACACAUCACCACAGCACAAUUCGAAACACACUUUGACGAUGCACAAGUAUACUGGCCUUCUCAAUACAAACGAAGUGGACCAUCAUCAGCUUCUGAAGGUGAAGCUUACGCAUUCCCGGGCCUUCGUGGUUUACGCGGAAAGAGGGAUCCAACUUAUCACAAACGAGUGCCAAUGAUGUCUUUGAAAGGACUUCGGGGUAAACGUGCACGUAUCUUUGAUGGACAAGAGGAACAAUAAAAAUAAAUAGAACAAUAUCAACCAGCAAAGGAGGAAUUUCUGUAUUUUGUGCUUGUGAUUAACUUACCAUCACGUUGAAAUGUGUGCUCUGAUUCCAACCGGCUCUUAAAUUUUUUUUAUUGUCUCCCGUACUCUUUUCGUUUUUUUUCUAGUUUGAAUGAUUGCAUUCUUGUAUCAUUCUCAUCAUGACCCAAUCAUUCACAAAAAUUCUUUAUUUCAUAACUCUGAAAAUGAAGUCAUCUGAGUUGUUG